GCCAAAUAUAAAGAGCGGGUGGAAAGCGGAUUUUCUACUUAGACUCGGACAAAACUUUGGCACCGCAUUUACUCCCGGCAUUAGGUGAGUAGAGUGUGCGACCCGGGACGACUAGAAAUUGCACGUACUCGUUCUCAGGCAGCAGAGAGAGAGAUGUCGAAAUUCACCGCUCUCAUCAUGUGCAUACUUGCGGCCGUCUACUUGUGCGCCGGAAUUCUGGCUCAACCAGUGGCUCAGGAUCUUGCUCAAAGCCAAGCUCAGGCGAUUCAAGAUUACGAACGGCACGUGCAGCAGUUGCAGCAGGCGCUGCAGUUUUUGUCACGGGAAAUCCAGCACGCAAAGAAGCGCUCAGGCUGCUUCCUGAACGGCGGAAUGGCCCACAACUGUGACCUGAAGGACGUCGUGUCAGCCGUGGACGAGGCCAAGUACUGGGGCUCCUACUUGUCACCGGGCAAAAGGCGUUGGGGCGCGUUGACCCCGCCGGCUUCAGACCUCGAAUUUGUCCAGUCCGAAUAACCACAUCGUCCUUUAUGAAAAUUCAGAGUCUAACGAGCUAGAUCACGCCACCUUCCGUCUGCACCAUCUGCCAACUUGAAUUAGCAACACCCGAUGUAUCCCUGCGUUAAUGUGUACAAUUACUGCACUUGUCACACCUGGAAUUAAUAAAAUGCGUCUUUCUUGAAUUUCGUCACAUGUCUCACGUUCGUAGAGAGUAA